UUAAGGUCAAGCUGGAUUUUACUUAGUGCACGUUCUACUUUUUCAUCGAAAUAAAUUUCAUGAUUUUACACAUAAUAUUGAAAAUGAAUAGUUUUAAUAAUAUUGAGUUCUAGAUACAGUAUUAAAUUCUUUUAUAAAAAGUUCAAUUGUAGUUUAGUAGUGCCAAAACAAAAAUCAUAAGAAUGGAGAAGACUAACACCAAGCAGAAGAAAGAUAAAUACGAGGAAGAUGAUGAAAGGCGUAGGUCCAAAAGGCCGAGACGGGCUAGAUCUAGAUCUAAGUCACUUGAGGUACAGCAGAAUAGGGAGUAUAGAAGUAAACGCCGGCGUUCCAAAUCACGCUCACCUCAUUACAAGGCUAGGGAAGAUAAACGAGUUAAAGACACACAAAAAGAGCCAGAAACAAAAAAAGAUGCCUCUACAAAGCCAGAAAGACGCGCAAAAGAUACUGAUAUGUUGAAUACUAGAACAGGAGGUGCAUACAUUCCACCAGCAAGACUGAGGAUGAUGCAGGCGCAGAUCACGGAUAAGUCCUCGAUAGCUUACCAAAGACUGGCCUGGGAAGCUCUCAAAAAGUCAAUUCACGGUCACAUCAACAAAAUUAAUGUCGGUAACAUAGGUAUCAUUAUAAAGGAAUUAUUGAAAGAAAACAUUGUCAGAGGUCGAGGUUUGUUAUGCCGUUCUGUUAUUCAAGCUCAGGCAGCCUCGCCAACAUUCACUAAUGUAUACGCGGCUCUAGUAUCAGCAGUUAAUUCACGUUUUCCUAACAUCGGGGAGUUGCUGCUGAAAAGAUUAGUGAUUCAAUUCAAAAGAGGUUUUAAACGCAAUGAUAAAUCAAUUUGCAUUUCCUCUGCAUCUUUCAUUGCACAUUUAGUGAAUCAGAGAGUGGCACAUGAGAUUCUGGCUUUAGAACUUCUCACUUUACUAGUUGAAUCACCAACAGAUGAUUCAGUAGAAGUAGCCAUAGCAUUCUUAAAGGAAUGUGGCCAAAAAUUGACUGAAGUAUCAUCUAAAGGUGUAAAUGCAAUUUUCGAGAUGCUAAGGAACAUUUUGCAUGAAGGUCAGUUAGACAAAAGAGUUCAGUACAUGAUAGAAGUAAUGUUCCAAGUUUGGAAGGAUGGGUUCAAAGACCACCCGGCACUGAUUGAAGAGUUGGAGCUCGUGCCUGAAGAAGAACAGUUCACACAUCUAUUGAUGCUGGAUGACGCUACAGAUCCUCAAGAUAUCCUGAAUGUUUUCAAAUUUGAUGAAAAGUAUGAAGAGAAUGAACAGAAGUACAAGAAUCUUUGCAAGGAAAUACUCGGUUCUGAUGCUGAGUCCGGUGAUGAAGAUGGUUCAGGAGAAAGCGGUAGUGAGGAAUCUGACGAAGAAGAUGAAGAACAACCAAAAAAAGAAAUGACUAUUAUUGAUAACACAGAAACAAACUUAGUGGCUCUGAGACGCACUAUAUACCUGACAAUCAACUCCAGUUUAGAUUUCGAAGAAUGUGCUCAUAAACUAAUGAAGAUGCAACUGAAACCAGGACAAGAAGUGGAACUAUGCCACAUGUUCUUAGACUGCUGUGCUGAACAGAGAACAUAUGAGAAAUUCUAUGGCUUAUUGGCCCAAAGGUUUUGCAACAUCAACAGAAUAUACAUCGGACCGUUUGAGGAAAUUUUCAAAGAUUCAUAUUCAACAGCACACAGGCUGGACACGAAUAGACUCAGAAAUGUCAGCAAGUUUUUCGCCCAUCUGCUGUUUACAGAUUCCAUUAGUUGGGAAUCUUUGGAAUGUGUUAAAUUGAACGAAGAAGAUACAACUAGUUCUAGCCGGAUAUACAUAAAGAUUCUGUUUCAAGAACUGGCUGAAUACAUGGGACUAAAGAAACUGAAUGACCGUCUACAAGAUCCGACGUUACAAGAGGCGUUUGCCGGACUGUUUCCCCGAGACAACCCGAGAAACACGCGGUUCUCUAUAAACUUCUUCACGUCCAUCGGACUUGGCGGACUGACUGAUGAGUUACGCGAGCAUCUCAAACAAAUGCCCAAGAAUACACCAGCGCCACCAACAGAGAUCAAGAUAGACAGUGACUCCAGCUCUGACUCCAGCUCAGACUCGUCUUCUUCAAGUGAUUCCAGCUCAAGCGAAUCUGAGGAAGAAACACAGAAAAAGAAGAAAGAAAAGAAUAAAAACAAGGAAAAAUCACCAGAACCAGAAAAACCCCAAGACAAUAAUGUCGAGCGGUGGGGACAUGAGGGGUUCUACGAUACUUACGGGAGGGACGCGCGGCGACACGACCCUCGCGACCGCGGCGACGGGGGGCGGGGGGGCGCCCACCGGGAUAUAGACCAACAAGGAAGACGCGCCAGGGACGAGAACGGGAGAGGUCUGAGAAGACGAGAUGGAGAUCACGAGCAAGACCCAAGAGAUAGAAGAGAUAUAGAAAAGGAUGACAGGAGGAAUCGAAAGGAUGGUGAGAAGAGUCGUGAUGGGAACAGUCGUAAAGAUUUUGAUAGAGACAGUGAGAGAGAAAAAGAUAAGAGAAGUCGAAAAGAUGACGACAGAGUAACUGACAGGGAAAAGGAUAAGAGGCAGACCAAGAAUAGUGAAGAAGAUAGUAGAAGACGUGACUCUGAAUACAAUAGAAAAGGUGAAAAAGAGAAGGAGAAGAAACGAAAGAACGCCCGGGACGACGAACACAAAAAGGAAACAUAUCACAAUGAUGAAUAUUCAGCUCGAGACGAGACCGAGUCCAGGAGAACUAAGGACAAGAGAAGUAGGAAUGCAGGCAGUGACGACGACAGGAAACAGACAGGGCACAGUAGUGACGAGGGCCGCCGCGAGCGUCGCACUAGGAAAGACAAACACAAGAGAGGCGGCAGGAGGAAGAGUGAUGCUUCUGACGACGACGAUGGCUGGGAUAUCAAGUGCAGACAGAAUGUGCCGAAUGAGGUCUCCGGGAGGUACUGGGACUGCUCAACGAAUAAGCGAUUGGAGUCGCCGCAACGAAGCCAGAAAAAGCGGGAACGGUCCAGACAGCGCUCCUGACCCUCUCCUUAGAACAAAUGAUGUAUAUAAACUGUCAUGUUAAAAUUGUCUCCAGCCGGUGUAGACUAUAAAGUACUAUGUUUUAUAUAAGA